CUCCAUGUCCUUUUGUCAUUUAACAAAACCAAAUACGCAGUUUGGUUGCAGCAAUUUCGGCUGCUAUCGUCCCUUUUUCUCGCGUUUUUUGUCUUUAUCCAUUUUUAAUUGCAGUCAUGCCCGUUUACAAGUUGUAUUAUUUCAAGAAUCCACGUCGCGGUCGUGCAGAACUAUCGCGAUUGAUUCUCAGUCAGGCCGGAAUCGAAUUCGAGGACAUCCGUUUCGCUCACUGCGAAUGGCCCGCUAUUAAACCCAUUACGCCCUUUGGCCAUGUUCCAAUUUUGGAAGUGGACGGACAAGUGCUGGCCCAGUCCAACACCAUCGCUCGAUAUCUUGCCAAGAAACAUGGCCUGGCCGGCAAAGAUGAUUGGGAACAAGCGUUGACUGACAUGUACGCUGAAAACAUCCACGACUUGUUGAAUGCCGUGGCCGUUCCGUUUACGGAAAAGAAUCCCGUGAAACAGAAAGAAAUGUACCAAAAAUUCAUGCGGGAAGUGAUUGCUCCGCACGUCGCUGCCGUUGAAAAACAAUUGAAAAAGAACAACACUGGAUUUCUCGUCGGUAAUGAGCUAACGUGGGCGGAUUUAGCUUAUUACGCUUACUUUUCCGACUUUCUUGAAGUGAAAUUCGGGUCCGCCUUUUUAAAAAACGCGCCACAUUUAAAAGCGUUGAUCGAUCGUGUCAAAGAUCUGCCCAACGUCAAGAAAUGGACCGAAUUUCGAGAUUCAACAUAUCCCGAAGAAAAUGAAUAAUACCAGACAUAUCGAUUAGCUGUUACAUAUCAAUAAAAAAUUGAUAUAAUUGAAGCUUGCAAUCCCAAAAUCCGAUUCAGUGUUACGUGUUAUGUCCGCCUCGUAUGUAGAAGAUCGCUCUCAUAGUAGCCGCACAAUAAUUUCAAAAGCUAUAAAUCAAUACACUCGUCUAUUCGAAUGAUAA